AUGACAGAUCUUUUGAUAUCAGAAAAUCAUUCAGAACGUAUACUUUAUGAUAUUGACGUAGCUGCAAUCUGGAAACCCGAUGAUGAAUUAACCGAUCAUGAUCCUGAUUCCCGAGUCAACACAUAUGCUAAUGAAGAUCCAUCUUACGCACAGUUUCCAAGACGUGUCUUCAAACAAGUAACACACCGUCUGAAACGUAGCUUAGAAGGGCUCAUAAUUUCUACAACUGUUCCACCUGCACUUUUACAAGAGCGUCCUAAAGUAACAAGCGAAUGGCUAAUGCAAUUGUCCCCAGACGGAAAAUAUCUUGCAGUCUUGCAAGAACACAAGAUCGAAAUUCGAACUAGUGAAAGUGGGUUUGAAAAAAAUCAUGCCAUUUACAAUUCAAAGCGAGAUGCUUUUUCCAAGUGGAGACGUCUCGUUUGGAGCUUAGAUUCUAAAAUUAUAGCUGCUACAAGAAGCGAUGGGACAAUUGAAAUCAUUAAUGAGGAUGGACAAAUGGUCUGUAUGAUUAUUUCUAGCUCUAACAUUAAUUCAGAUGUAGAAAAUGAUACCCAAGCCGGUCAAAGUUUUUUUCUUGAACCAGUGGCUUUUAUAUCCUUUGUGGAUCCCAAACGUGGGUCAAGCAAACCAUUAUAUUAUGAAGGCCAUAUUUACCAAUACGAAUUGAUUGUUAUCACUUAUGAUGGAGUUCUUCGUAGUUAUUUGCUUAAUACUAUUGAAUCUGUUUCUACUUUGGAUGGUAAUGAAACUAUAUCGCGACGAGCGAAAGUUAAUAUUACUUAUUCACGUGAAGGAACAUCUGAUCCAGGGUACUUUACUUUUUAUCACAAAUUUUCUUUUAAACAAUGGCUUUCUACAGUUGUUUGCGGCGCUGUAGUUACUCUGAAUGGAUUAUUGCUUUGUCUAGGUGGAAAGCCUAAUAAUGAAAAUGAAGAAGAAUUAACUUUACCUUCUGUUGUAUGUUGGAUGCUAUUACCGGAUCGUCCUUUUUAUCGCAAACUUGAAUUAGAAGGAAUUAUAGACGAAUCCAUAGAUGAUAUAUCAGAUUUAAGCCAGGGAACCGUUGAUGAUACUGGAUUCUUUUCUAGAUUAAAAAAUGUCUUCGCAACUUGGCGUAAAGUGAAUAAAAGUUUCACAGACGAAAUCGUUUAUAGUAUGAUUCCGUCGCCUGAUAAUCAAUAUCUAUUGACAUUAGAUUUUUCUGGAACAGUUAGCCUUUGGAAAAUAUCUACAUAUAAAGGGGUUGUAAUUGAUCAGUCAUUGGAUCAAUCUCAUCUAAAUUACUUUGCUAGAGGAAAGGAAUACAAAAAUCUAUCUUUUGAGAAAUUUCAGGAUAAAAUUUUUGAAAUUGAGAAUGAUAGCGGUGAUGUAUCUGGAAUUCCUGGAUUGGAAAAUGGGAAAGUUUUGUCGAUAGGAUGGUGGACAAAUAAUGCUUUUAUCUUGGGAUUUCAAAAUGGUUCGGUUAUUAUUGCUAGUCUCCCAGAUAUGCGUAAUAUAUUAGGCGACUCUCCUGAAACUUUCAAAUCUUGCUAUGAAAUCACCUGCCAAUGUAAUAAUUGUUUUUUGGUUAUUGAACAUGAGGUCAAAUCAAUCAGAGCUCGUGUUCAUGGUGGUAAUAUAAUAUCAUAUUCUAGAGCACAAGAAGAGGAUGAAACGGAGGAAGAUGAAUUUGAAGAUUCCACAUCACAAAUGGGUAGAUUGAUAUCUGCAAUUGCAAAUUCCUUGCAUUAUGUAGCGGAUACAUUUUUAUGGCAUUUUGAAAAUGAUUUUUCAACUAUACGUGGUAGAUUUAUCACAAUAUCAAAGAGGACAUUUCGCCUUAAUCGCAUAUGCAAAAUCCUACCUCAGGAUUUACUCUGUCGUAAAAUUAACGCUCUUGAAUAUGAUGAUGCGUUGGUUAUCGCUAAAACAUAUAACCUUGACACAGAUAUAAUAUAUCAAGCUCGUUGGAAAGAUGCGGAGGUCUCUGAAACAGCUAUUCACGAUUAUCUCGAUAAAAUUCAUGACAAAGAAUGGGUGUUAGCUGCUUGUUUCAAUAGAAUAACCAAAAAUCCUCAUAUAAUUCGACUUUUAUUAUGCUAUGGAUUGGGCCAUACAGAUAUUCUAGAUGAAAUUUUAAACAAUGAUAAUUUAUCCACUACUGAUAAUUUGAUAAAACAACAAUUACGAGAAAAUCCUUUGGAAAUCGAUUCAAGUGUUCAAAAAUUUCUGAAUAAUAUUGAAUUGUCAGAAAAACAAAAAACUUUUUGCAGAUGCCGGUACUAUUUCUUAAAGUAUUUAGAUAGGCUAUGUACUUAUGAACGAAUUGUAGAAGAGAAAACUAGACGGGAUAUAGAAAAUGGAUCAAUGGACUCAUCGGAAGAAAACGGGGGUUGGAUCACAUUCAUAGACUAUAGUGUGACAUUUGCUGAGGAUUAUGCAAUAUUUCGUGAUGUACACAUUGCCGCACAAGCAAUGGAUUUCGCAGCUGAUGAGUUUUUCGAUGGUUUGAGUAUUCUGUUUACGCGUCAUGGAAACGAGAUGUUGCCUUAUCGAUUUACCAUUCUUGAACAAAUACCUGAGACAGCUGAUCCUGAUGAAUACGAAUCUUUCUUACCAAGAGUUGGAUCAAAUGAUGGCGCUGAACUCUCAGAAUGUUUGUGGCAUCAAGAACCAUGGAGAGUUUAUGAUUGGGUUGAAAAUCCUAUAUUAAAGAAACAAAUACUACAGGAGGAACCAGAGGAAUGGGACUUUGAUGGUAUUUUAAUGAAAUCAGUUCCAUAUCCUGCUUCCGCUUCUUAUAUAACGCAAUGGUAUAUUGAUCGAGCACACAAUAUUGAUAAUUCUUCGGGACAAGUGGAUAAAGCUUUAUCCCUCAUCCGUUACGGCAUCAAAAAAAAUGUGAAAAAUUUGGAAACCUUGGAAGAAGAUCUUCACAUGCUGUCACAACUUGUUUAUGAAUGUUAUCCAUCAUCAAAUGAUAAAAUAAUCAUGACAUUGAAUGAAUUUGAAGCUCUAACAGAAGAAGAAAUUAUCCAAACUUUCUUACGACAAACUGACGAAACGCGGAUUGUGAAUGAUGUCAGACUUUAUAUAAUACCGUUUCUUAAAUUGCUACCUGAACGCCGUGCCCGAAAAGCAGAACUUUUAGAUAAAAUUGAUAAAUAUUUACACCCAAUGGAUUUAUUAUACAAAUAUAUAUUGGAUCUUUCGUCUUCUCAUUUGGAUUGGUGCUGUCUUCUUUUUGAAGCUUCCAAACCAACAAUAUCUGAGGAGCGCGUUAUAACGUCUGAAGAAGAUUUAGCCAAGGUAGCACUUUCUUGUCUAUACGGAAACACAAGCACCAAUGACCUAAAUAUUCAAACACGCAUUUUUGAAUGCCUUCCAACAAUUGACUCAGACUCUUCAGAAACCAAUGCUACCCAUUCAGACUCUGGUAUAGAUAUCAGUUCAUUACAAACGUAUACUCCUCAUGAUUUUCUACCUAUAUUUAAGACAAAAAACGAAAAACAACUUCAAAAAAUUAUUCAUUCCCUCGAAAUUCAUUUAAACGCUGCAAAGAUUCUUUCACGUUAUAAUAACACAAUACCUUUACGGUGGUUCCUUCAAAGUGCAAAAAAUUAUACUAUGCAAAAACAAUUAUGUAUUCAAUUAUCACGAAGAACAAAUGAUUCCGAAGUUGAUGGGGAGCACUUUGAAAAUGAAAAUGAAUGGAUCCAAUUGUUAGAAGACAUGAAGAUAUUACAAGGAGAUGGUAGAGGUGUCUUAGGGGAAAUAUCUAUUGAAGGAAUUUAUGAAAAUUUUAUAUCUGGACUUUUGAGUUGUGGAAGAUUCAGAUUGGCGCGUGAAAUCCUUUUACCAGAUGAUGAACCGCAUCCUUUAAAAGUGGAUAAAGCAGAAAAACUAGUUAUCAAUGCAUCCAGAGAAUUUUUUGAUAAUGCUACCUCAGGAAAUAUGAAUCAUGGUUACAUGAAGAUGGCAUACGAAUGUCUUCAAAUAUUACCGACAUCAGAUACUAUAACAGCAGAGCUUGAAUUGAUUGAGGCAACACAUGUUUUGUCAGAGAAGAAAAUUUGUUACCAACCUGGAGUACCAAUACAUCCAUUACACAUACGCAUUUCACCAAAUCGGUUAGACUUUAUAGAUCGUCUAUUGAGUACAUAUGAAGAUGCUUACAAUGACCCAAAGUCAAUUAUAAAACUUGCAAAAAAACUUGGUUAUCGAAAUGACAAAGUUGCUGAAGUCAAAGUAAUGGCCAUGCUCGCAGAUGCUGCAUUACGUGAUAAUAAUUUUGCUACUGCAUACAACAUGUGUGUCGAUUUAGUAAAUGUUAUCAAAGUUAUUGUGAGUGGUAAUGAAAGUGAUAAUGAAAAUACGAAAUUAGCUUUAGCUAAUGAUAUAGCUUGGAGAAUAUGUUAUGAGGUUGCCAAACAGGAAAAUUAUCAAGACUUUGAACAACAAAUGACACUUAUGGGAUACGCCUUAUCAUUGUGUCCAAGUGAUCAAAUUGCUGAUUUAUUAAAUUUAUGGAGAAAAUUAGAUGAAGAACAACGUUCAGCUCGAGCUAUUAAGGCCAAACCGAAUUUAACGGAAAAAUCAGUAUCAGAGAAAGUCAAGCCGACUGUAGAACGUGUUGAAUCUGUUCUAAUGACGCCGCUACGUCAAGGGGAUCGUCUCAAAAAUUUGGUUAGCAGUUGGCUAGGGUCAGGAUUCUAA